AAUAACUUUUAGUUAGUAUACAACAGCUAUUAUUGUGUAUAACUUAAAAAUAUAAUAAUACUGCUGUAAUACAGUGCUUUCCCAGGGGUUCACAAAUCACAAAUAUACCUAACUACAUGGGAAGUGGAGUAUUUUAUAGAGACUGUAAAAUCAUAGAUGCUGCAAUUAUAAAUGCACAAUUAAGCACCUCACCCUUCACAAUUACAAUUUUCAAUACAAUGCUAUAUACAUACUGAACAUGGUAGCAUUAAAUUAAUGUUGCUGUUUGUUGACAUGGAAUUCUGCAGUAAUCCAUCUUUUAGAAACUAUUAUUGAAGUAGCACAGUUAAAGUUUCAAUAUUUAGAUCCCUGGAAUUCAUGGUUAAAAAAACACCUGGGGCAAGUGGCAUUUCCUACUUGAGCAGUCCUUUUGUCCAUGUGGUCAAGCGCUUAUCUGUGAAGCGAUCUCCAUUUCAUUAAGAGUUUAAAGAAAAACACCAUUAUUUAGAAAAUCUAUUUUCUCAAGUGAUUCACCUGAUAGUGAACUAACCCCUGCACACCUUUCCACCACAUUAUUUAAAACAAAAACAGUGGCCAGCUGCACUAAUGACAAGAAUCUGGCUCGAGUUCCCCUGUCGAACUAUUAAAACUCUGUUUAACGUGAGGGAUUUUUAUCUCUUUUAUUGCCAGUCACAUUGCACACCAAGGUCGACAAUAUGACUAAAUGAUUUGGUUAAUUCUAAUUCAAACAGUGUCAGCUGGGGGUCCACUCCGCACAGCGGGAGGAUUGGUAGAGUAAUAUCAACACAGUUGUGAUUACUCCAUUGAAGCAGUAGGGCGCUCCAAUCAGUGCUGAAUCACUCUCCUCAUUACAGACUACAAGGCCAAAUCUCAGUGGGUGGACCACAGAAUCAGGCUUUGUAUCUUCCCACUGAAAUUAAUUGAAAUUCAUUUGUGGCACCCUGAUGCUACCCAUCAACACUGGACUCAUUCACAUUUGUGCAAUCCACCCCAGAUCCAUUAAGCAGAAGCACAUUUCAAGUUUUAAAACACGUAAAAGCACAGGUGUAUUCUGUGGUGUGGACCUCUGCUUUCAGGCCAGAUUGUAAACUGCAGUUCACAGUAUCAGAUGCAUCAUGCUGGGAAGGAUUCUUGUUCAGGGAAAGCAAAGUACUCUGACCAGGUAUUGCUCCCGUGGAGGGCUGUAUUAUUUAUUUAUCUACUCUUGCAUGAACAUCGGGGGGACUACGGUCUCAGGCAGCAUGCUACAAAAACUACAACAGAUGUGAUGACUAGCACACCUUUCUCCAUACAUGAGAACUAAUAUACCACAUGGUUGCCACCCUUGUUUCCCAUCAGAUGCAGUCCUAAAACUCUGCAUAAACGGUUGUUAUAAUUCAUAGAACACAGACUAUUUUUACACACCACAUGCAAAAGCUUUCCUCUCUCCAAAGCAAACCCAAGUACUCAAGCAAAAAAAAAACAAUUAUCACAAACACAUUAGCAGCUAAUGCAUUCACCAUUCUCAUCACUACUCUGUACCGCUGAAUGCUAGAGGAUCAAACUCAAGCAAAUACUGAUAUAUCUGUAGCUGUUUAUUCCAGUCUAAAUGGGCCGUUUUAUAAACAACAUUCCAGGAAUCUCAAAAUAACCUUUUUUGGGUGGGCCUUUAUUGCCUUCAAUUGAUAGUGACAGCUGCAGGGGGACAGGAAAGGAGGGAAAGCAAAUGGGGUGCCAUAGUCGAAGUCGAACCCAUGGCCGCAGCAGCAAGGACUCAGCCUUGGUACAUGGGGCAGCUACAAGGUGAGCUACCAGGACGCCCCAAACUAGUGAAUAUUUGAUAAAAAUCCACUUCUACCGUGAGAUCCUGUUUACAAGCCUUAAAAAAAAGCCUCAAAAUCCUUUUCACAGCUAAUAGCAAAGACCAACUUAAAUGUCCUUUCAAAAUCUUUAUUUCCAUUUUCCAUAUGUAUGGACACCUAUUUGUGUUCAACCGCUGUGCACAGGAAAGAUGUCCCUACCAGAUCUACCUGCUGAUGACUUGCCAAAGCGGCCAUGGAAAAAUAGGGAAGCAGCAUGUGGAAGCGUGCUGGGGGCUAGCACUGGUCCCAUGACAUUAUAUCAUUUGGUGUGGCUUCCAUAUAACCUGGGCACGUCCUCAAUAGUUUGCGCCACAAUCAUAUCAUACAACACAAUCUGCUCCUGCAAUCUGGCUCCCAGGCCUAUACGCAAUCUUUAGGGUUUGUAUACCAGUUUUAGCAAUUCAUAUAGAAAAUAAUAAAGUUCAACAAUCAAACAAAAUAAGUGUUACUGACCUGCAAGGCUGCAAGCUGAGGCAAUCUGAAAAUAGAAAAGUAAAAGUUUUACUCUAAAGUAGGAAUGUAACAACACACUCAACUCACAAUUUGUUACAAUUCACGAUACGAUUUGGAUUGCAGACAUAUUAUGAAGAUUCCUUAACUUCUCAGACAAAAAUCUACAAGCUACAAAAUCUGCUGUUCAAAAAGUGGCUUAACAGUCUAUAGCAAUAUAGCGAUACAGUGCAUCCUACAGCAUACUCACAUGGAUUUACAGAAAAUACAUGCAGCAUCAAUUUGACUUAAUCAGUGUAAAAGUGGUAUCAUUACUGUAUUCAUCCAUUAUUGUACUUAUUCACUGGUAUAAACCUAAAGAACAAGAUCCAUAUAAUGUUAUAGGUUUGCCAAUGAAUGCCUGUCUUCACACUCUCUUUUUGUUUCCACUCUCAAGUGUGCACAACUAAAAAACAUCAUUACCUACAACAAAUUUAUUUAUUUAAUUUCCUCAAUAAUUUCCAAGACAGCCCCCAAGAUUACCACAAGCAAGAUACCUUACUGCUAAAAUCAGGUUUCUGUCAUUACUGGCAUGUUCAACACAAUAUACACUGCCUGUCCCCAACCUGUCUACAUACUGAUGAUAUGUUCCACUUACUAAGCUAAGCAUCUAAAUUUCAAGCCAAACUUUAACAUGACCUGUCCCUGUUUGGGGAACUUUCAGACUCUUCAAACCGUCUUCAAUUCAGCUGUAAUGGAAACAUUCAGCUUAAAAACAUGGCAACCAGAAGUGACCUAGCUAGCUUGUGGGCGGCAGCAAACCUUAUUUUUAUCAGGUUUAUUUACCUGUAUCAGGUUUAUUUACCUGUAUUUGCCUGGUUUAUUUAUCCGUUCCAUUAUACAUUUUCAUAUUUGCGUGUUUAUCAUUUUCUUUCGACUUACUUUUGUUACUGUCCAGUGUUUCCAUUAGUGGUCUGCCAUGUUUGUGCAGUAGUUUUCUAGAACAUUACCGGAAGCUGUUUGGUUAUAGACUGUGUAUUUCUGGAGUGUUUUUUUUUUUUUUAUCAAUCAAACGACUUAUGUUCUUUUGUUUUUCUUAACGAAUAAUUACUCUUACAAAAUACAAACAUGGCCGCUCUGUUACCUGAAUGCAAUCAUCAGUGUAAACGUGUCAAAUGUAAAAACGCAUGGGAGACAAGCGUGGUCUGGAACAUCGGCCAUUUAUAGUAGCGAUUACACAAUUUUGCCAACAGAGGGCUCAAUUCCUAAUCCAAGGGUCUCAACGGUGCUUUCAAAUGCUCCUCGUAGAGAGAGUCAGCGCGGUUGUAUAAUAGUAACGUAAGUAAGACAUAAAUUAAGGUUUUAAAGUGAAGAAGAGAAGCAUUGCAUUAAGUCCAAGUAGAGUUGAAAACGUGAAACAAAAUUGCUGCUGCCAUUAAAGCAUCAAGCCAUCUCUGUUGACUAAACACGGCGGAAUUCAUUCUAUUCUACAUGUUUUGGUAAUCUUUUCCGACAGGACCUGAAUGCAGCACCCAUCCCGUGCCAGUUCUGUAUGGUCAUUUGCUUUACAUUUGUUUGGGGCGGAGAGCUGGAAAGUUCGUGUUGUUCGUUUGCAGUUGUUCACCUAGGUGGUUGACAAGUAACUUUUUAACGAGCUGGCAGAAUGCCUUCUAGGAAACCUGUAACAAGUGCUUCAAGCUGCUUCUGGAUGUCCCUAAAGCACCUAGUGGUACUCUCCUCUCUGUGUAGUCUUAUAUCUGGAUACUCUGAGAGUGAUAGAGUGCGUGACUUGAUGACCAGAUAUCCUCUAAUUGAUGGUCACAAUGACCUAGCUCUCCAGCUGAGGAUAUUUCACAACAAUCGGCUGAGCCAAAUUGACCUUCAAAAUGUUAGCAAAUUGGCCACCGACAUCACCCGUCUCCAUGCAGGCCAUGUGCAGGCACAGAUGUUUGCAGUCUAUGUGAUGUGUGGGGCCCAGGAGAAGGAUGCUGUGAGGCUGACUCUGGAACAAAUAGAUGUAGUCAGACGCAUGUGCACUGAGUACCAGGACUUUGAGCUGGUCACAUCUGUCCAGGAACUAACGAAUUCUGAGAUGAGGCGUAAGAUAGGCUGCCUAAUAAGUAUUGAGGGGGGCCACUCUAUUGACAGCAGCCUGGCAGCCCUGCGGAUGUAUUACCAGCUUGGGGUCCGCUCCAUGGCCCUCACACAUACCUGCAACACACCCUGGGCUGAAUCAUCCUCAAAACUUUAUAAUGUCUAUCAAAGACAGAACAACAGCCUCACACACUUUGGGAAGGCCGUGGUGGAGGAAAUGAACAGACUGGGAAUGAUAGUGGACCUUUCCCACACUUCUUGGGACACGGCCUUGGCCGUGCUGAAGCAUUCCAAGGCUCCUGUAAUUUUUAGCCAUUCAUCUUCCUACUCCAUCUGUAACCACCACCGCAACGUACCUGACUGGAUGCUGCACCAGCUGAAAAAGAACCACGGAUUGAUCAUGGUGAAUCUCCACAGCAAUUUCAUUUCCUGCAGGGAUGAAGCCAACAUAUCUCAUGUGGCUGAGCAUUUUGAUCACAUUAAGAAGGUGAUUGGAGCUGAGUCGAUAGGAAUUGGAGGGGACUUUGAAGGUGCUGUGAGAUUCCCGCAGGGGUUAGAGGAUGUGUCAAAGUAUCCUGCCCUAAUACAGGAACUCCUGCAUAGGAACUGGACAGAGAAUGAGUUGGCUUAUGUCCUCCGAGGGAACUUCCUGCGAGUGUUCGUGGAGGUUGAGAGGGUCCGUGAUCAGCUGCAUUCCAACCUGCCCAGUGAGGUCCAAAUCCACUUAAAGGAGGUGCAGAACCCGUGCAGGAUGGUCCUCAGACCUCCUGACCAAAGACAGCAGCCCUCUGACCGGAAUUCCUCCUUCAGAGCCCAACAUGGACCAAAAGGUCUGCUAAUCCUGGCUAUAGUUCUGCUGCUUUCCAGCAUAUUUAUGAUUGAAUAAAUAUUUAAAAACUCAGAUUAGCUGCACAGCCUUUUUUUAAAGAGCAUAAUUUUUAAUGUUAAUAAGAAGAGCUUAAUAAGAUUGCUGUAGCUGUUUGUGAGUCAUCCCGACUUUCCACAGGUCAGUAAAGAUAAGGAAAUACUGAUGACUUUCUUAUAACCAACACAAAAACCAUUCAAUAUGGAGCCCCAUUUGGGAGGUAAUUUAAUUGCCAACCUCUGUAUAUUCUAUACAUAUAAAUUAAAAUACUCAGAUCACCAGUCCUAUGAAAGGCACUUUGGCAUUUAUUUUGGAAUUUAUUGAUUAGAUAUUUCAUUUGUUGCUGAAUUUUUUGUACCCGUGCUGACAUCACCACUAUGAAAAAUGAUGGCAUGAAGGUGAACAAUGGCACUGAUACAUAAACAGCAGAUAUGGCACACAAGUUCUUUGAAAUCUGUAUUUUUUCUUUUUGUUUGUGAAGGUUUAAUGUAUUGUUGCACACUGAGCAGUAUUUGAGGUCAUUAGGCCUGUGGUUAGCUAAACAGUUCACAAUUAUUUGUGCAAUGUUGCAUUAUCAUCUUAUAAAUUUCAUAUUAUUGCUAUAAUAUUUACUUUAAGGUAUUUUAUGAAGCGCUUCAUCAGAAUAGCACAGGGGAAUAGCUUAUGAAUAGAUUUUUUAUUUUAUCUUACUACAAAGUAAGAUGUUGUGGAAGUGUUUAUUUUAUUGUGAGCUUUGGCCAAAGAGAAAACCGCCUUUGUUUCUUCUAAUUUCAAUAUUUUCACAUAGAAAUAACUGAAACAAAAACCUUCCUUGUUAAGAUUCACAUUUAACACUGUAUUGGCAAGUUGCCCCUUAAAGUGUGUAUUCUGCCAAAAUGUAUAUUUGGAUUGCUGGCAAGUGAUUAUGUUCAAGUUUAAUUUUAACCUAUGUGAAGUGUCUUUGAGUUCCUUGAAACUUGCUCUAUAAAUAAAAUGUAUUAUUAUUAUUAUUAUUA